GUGGUCCUCAGCUCCGUCACAUCUCCUGGUGGGGCCGGUUUAUUGUGGAUUUAUGGCUUGGUUGGCAUCGCAUCCAUAGGGAUAAAACCUGGAGCUUGCGAAAAGGGGGAGAGAAGGGAAUCGCCUGCUCCCUCACUAAUGGGAAGCAGAUUAGGUGACAUAUGAGAGCAGCCUUGGCUGCCAACCGCUUUCUGUUUCAAGGGCCAGCAAAAGAGUUCAAGGAGGAAAAAUAAGCGUCCCCAAGUCCUCCUCCCAAAUAAAUCUCUAUAAAUGUGUUUAUGGAGGCAACGGGCUUGUUGCAAAAGCGGCUGGAAGAGGAUAUUUGCGGCAGUAACCCAGGUCAAGGAGGGGAAGAAGAGGAAAGCCUUGGGGAAGGGCCCAGGCGGAGCAUCCGGACCCCCCGCACCAUGGCUUCAUCUGAACUGCCCCCCCCACCCUGCAGUAGGUGACCAUCUCGCCCUGGAGACCCCCAGCCCCCUGCCCCACGGGGAGGAGGACCUCGGCGAAGCCUUCGACUUUGACGACAGCGAGGAAGAGGAGGAGGAGGAAGAGGACUCGGCGGCCGAGCCGAGCGGCGAAGCUGUCCUCCGGGCACCCCCUCGCAGACGGCGUGCUGCCAGCUCUGGUGUCGACGGGCUGGUGCCGGAGACCCAGGAAGGGCUGCCAGUGGGGGUGAGCAAUGGGGAGGCUGGUGGAGACCCCCACGUCGGUGCCCAGACCUGGAAGAGGAAAAGCAGCUGCCAAGGUGAGCGUUUUGAGUUCCCGGUGGUGGAGGAUGAUGUGAUCUACGAUGAUGUCCCCUGUGAAACGCUUGAUGCCGAGCAGGACGGCCCGGGGACAGAGCGCAGCCUGAUCUACGAGGAGGUGCAGCGCGGCGAGGGGCCGCGGACGGGCGAAGAUUUGGGCUGGAGCUCCAGCGAGUUCGAGAGCUACAGCGAGGAUUCAGGCGAGGAAACGAAGCCAGAGGCCGAGCCGGCCAAGCAGCGGGCAUCCUUCCAGCCCAAGCUUUCUCCAGACCUGAAUAGACUAAAGGAAAGAUACGCCAGGACUAAGAGGGACAUCCUGGCUUUAAGAGUUGGGGGGAGAGACAUGCAGGAGCUGAAGCAGAAGUACGAUUGGAAGAUGACCCAACUGAUGAAAGCGGCCAAAAGCGGCACCAAGGACGGUUUGGAGAAGACCAAGAUCGCGGUGAUGAGGAAGGUGACCUUCCUGCACCGGAAAGAAGCACCAGGGGAUGGGGAGCGGAGGAGGAGGGCGGCGGAGGCGGAAAAGCAGCCGCCUGCCCGCUGGAGCUCGAGGGUCUCCCUGGAGCAUCACGGGGGAGGAGACUCGGAGGAGGAGGACACGGGUUUCCUGGAGGUCACCGUCUCCGACAUGAAGCACCCGCCACCGGAGCUGGGCCCCAUGCCCGAGGGGCUGAGCCCGCAGCAGGUGGUACGGCGGCACAUCCUGGGCUCCAUCGUGCAGAGUGAGCGGAGCUACGUGGACUCCCUGAAACGCAUCCUGCAGGAUUACAGGAACCCGCUGAUGGAGAUGGAGCCGAAGGUGCUGAGCGCUAGGAAGUGCCAGGUGGUGUUUUUUCGCCUGAAGGAGAUCCUGCAGUGCCACUCCAUGUUCCAGAUCGCCCUCGCCUCCCGCGUGGCCGAGUGGGACUCGGCGGAGAAGAUCGGGGAUCUUUUCGUGGCCUCGUUCUCCAAGUCCAUGGUCCUGGACGUCUACAGCGACUACGUCAACAACUUCACCACUGCCAUGUCCCUUAUCAAGAAGGCUUGUCUCACCAAACCUGCCUUCCUUGACUUCCUCAAGAAGAGGCAGAUGGCCAGCGCCGACCGGGUCACGCUCUACGGGCUGAUGGUGAAACCCAUCCAGAGGUUCCCCCAGUUCAUCCUGCUCCUGCAGGACAUGCUGAAAAACACCCCAAAGGGCCACGCGGACCGCCUGUCCCUCCAGCUGGCCCUCACUGAGCUGGAGACGUUGGCAGAGAAGCUCAACGAGCAGAAGCGCUUGGCUGACCAAGUUGCCGAAAUCCAGCAGCUCAGCAAGAGCAUCAGCGACCGCAGCAGCCUCAACAAGCUGCUGAGCUCAGGGCAGCGGCAGCUCCUGCUCUGUGAGACGUUGACGGAGACGGUGUACGGCGACCGGGGGCAGCUCAUCAAGUCGAAGGAGCGGAAGGUUUUCCUGCUCAACGACAUGCUGGUGUGCGCCAACAUCAACUUCAAGCCAGUGAACCCAGGAGGCCAGCUGGAAAUCAGCAGCCUGGUGCCCCUCGGUCCCAAAUAUGUGCUGAAGUGGAGCACGGCCCUCCCGCAGGUGCAGGUGGUGGAGGUGGGGCAGGAGAGUGGUGCCUAUGACAAAGACAACGUCGUCAUCCACAACGCUGGUGCCAAGAAGCACGCGCCGGCUGGGCAGGCUUCGCACAAUAAAGUCUACCUGGGGCCACCACGGCUCUUCCAGGAGCUGCAGGACCUGCAGAAGGACCUGGCGGUGGUGGAGCAGAUCACCCUUCUCAUCAGCACGUUACAUGGCACCUACCAGAACCUGAACAUGACAGUGGCCCAGGACUGGUGCUUGGCCCUGCAGAGGAUGAUGAAGGUGAAGGAGGAGGAGAUCCACUCUGCCAACAAGUGCCGCCUCCGUCUCCUGCUGCCUGGGAAGCCAGACAAGUCCGGCCGCCCUAUCAGCGUCAUGGUGGUCUUCAUCACUCCAAACCCCCUGAGCAAGAUCUCCUGGGUGAACCGCCUGCACUUGGCCAAGAUAGGCCUGCGGGAGGAGAACCAGCCUGGCUGGCUCUGUCCCGACGAAGACAAGAAGAGCAAAGCUCCUUUCUGGUGCCCCAUCCUCUCCUGCCACAUGCCUGCCUUCUCCUCCAAGGCCCUUGAUCUGCAGCUCGGCGCCGCCGUGCACAACCCCGUGCAGUCCUCGCUGCUGGGCUUCUCCGCCGUCAGCACCUCGCUGCCGCAGGGCUACCUCUGGGUUGGGGGGGGCCAGGAAGGCGCAGGGGGGCAGGUGGAGAUCUUCUCCCUCAACCGCGCCGUGCCGCGGACGGUCAAGUCCUUCCCGGUGGCUUCGCCGGUGCUGUGCAUGGAGUAUAUCCCCGAGGCGGGCGAGGGGGAACCGGCGGGCACCCAGGAACCCCGAACGACCACCGAACAGCCCCCAGCAUCCCCGCAUCCCACCGUGUGCUUGGGGUUACGGGAUGGCAGCAUCGCAGUCUACGGCAGCGUGGACAUGGGGACGCAGUGCUUGUUGACCUGCAAAAGCCCAGGCAUGCAACCUGUCCUCUGCUUGAGGCACAGCCCCGAGUACCUGUUUGCAGGGUUGCAGGAUGGGACCGUGGCCGCCUACCCCAGGAGGAAUGGGGGGCUGUGGGACCCGACAGAGCAGCCCACCCGCCUGGCCGUGGGUACCGGUCCCGUGCGAGCCCUCCUGACACUGGAUGAGACCCUCUGGGCCAGCUGUGCCAACCAAGUCACCGUCCUCGAUGCCACCAGCCUCUGCGCCCAGCAAACCUUCGAGGCCCACCCGGACGCGGAGGCCAGUGUCACGCACAUGAUCAAGGCGGGCAGUGGGGUCUGGAUGGCCUUUUCCUCGGGCUCCUCCAUCCGCCUUUUCCACACUGAGACACUGGAGCACCUGCAGGAGAUCAACAUUGCCACUAGGACCACCUUCGUCCUCCCAGGUCAAAAACACGUCCGUGUCACCAGCCUCCUUAUCUGCCAGGGUUCGCUCUGGGUGGGCACUGACCAGGGCAUCAUCGUGCUGCUGCCCGUGCCCCGCUUGGAGGGCAUCCCCAAAAUCACUGGAAAAGGCAUGGUGUCCCUCAACGGGCACGGUGGCCCUGUGGAGUUUUUGGCGGUGGCGUUGAGCACCCUGGCACCUGAUGUGCUGAAGGGUGACCAGGAGGAAGACGAGGAGGGUGAGGAAGAGAAACCCCCUGAACUGGAUGGCCCCCCACCUCGGGAAAUGAGAAAAAAAGGGAUUUUAUUACAAUAUCGCCUCCGAUCCACCUCCCACCUCCCCGGGCAGCUGCUGUCGGUGCGGGAAGCGCCGAUCGGCGGCACGCCGGCACACACCGAGGAGGACGGCUCCAUCUAUGAGAUGGCCGACGACCCUGAUGUCUGGGUGCGGAGCCGACCCUGCGCCCGUGACACCCCACGCAAGGAGAUCUCCUCGGUGGCCAUCGUUUCGGGAGGUCGGGGUUACCGUAACUUUAAUGCCGAAUCGCCACGCCGGGGCAGCGAUGCCGACAGCACCCUGCUCAUCUGGCAGGUCCCAUUGAUGCUAUAGCACCCCAGGACCCCUUCCGACCCACCCGGCACCUACCUCAAAAAGCCACCCAAAAGCUGCCGGGGGUGGUCCUGCCCUGGGUGCAUCACCCUUUAUUUUAUUUUUUUUUUUAAGGAGGAAAAAAACUGAAAAAUGGGCUUUUUUUCCCCCCCAAAAAACAGCUUUGUGCAUGGGGAGAAGGGAGUUUUUAACGGCAGGAACGGCAACCUCCCUGCGGGCUUUGGAGGUGCCGGCUCUUCGGCCGAAGGUGUCUGUGUGUCUGCGUGUGAAUAUCUAUAUAUAUAUAUAAAUAUAUAUAUAUAAAUAUGAUGUAUAUUAUUACCUGUAUAAAGAAGGAAUCUGUAUAUAUUGGGGCACUUGGAGAUGCAGAAAUAGUGGUGGGAGCGCUCAGCGGGUGCCGGCUGCGCCGAAACGGGGGUUUUGCUGAAAUAGCCAUUUUUUGACUGUGAAUUGAGGAUAUUUGGUACAAAAAUCCCCUGUUUUUGGGAGCUGAGUACAUGUGGUUUCUGGAGGAAGGGAAAUUUUGGGAGCGUGGAAAUAAAUCCUAUAGUAAUCA